AUCGCUCGCUCAUGAGAUUCGGCUUCACUCUCCUUGGUCUUUGCGCUAGACAGCGUAUCCAUACACGACAUUCUGUAUUUUCUGUCCACGGAAAGGACACAAAUCCGGCACUUGUGCUACGAACAGCAGGCACUGCGCAUAGACUCGGCACACGACCACUUGUCACAACACAACAGCAGGUAGAGAAUGUCAAUGUUGGCCAUUCUAGGUUCCUCGCAGAAGCAUCGCACAAGGCUAAAUGGAAGGAGAACAAGGGAGAGGACGACAAGGACCCUCGCAACACGGGGGAGGUGACCAGCGACGACUGCGAAACGAUGGAAGGGAAAGGAAAAAUCUCGCCAACAGCUUCGCACCUCUUCAAGCUUAUCAUCCCGCUCGACCCCAUCAAGCAAAACAACACGCACCCCAACCCCUCCAGACCGUUUCCGCCCAUAGUCUUCCUCCUCCACCCCUCCCAGCCUCUCUCGCACGUCGCCCGCCUCCUCUCCUCGUCGCUCGCGCCCAGCACGCCCGCCAUCACCUUCCGCUCGACCACCCCCCGCGGCAGGGCGAUCCGGUGGUCCGACUCGACCGACGUCGCCGACUUCAUCCGCGACGCCGCGCGCACGCGCGAGUUCAUGGUCUGCAUCGCGGACGCCCCCGGCGUGGAGCCGCACACGCAGAUCCCCGUCGAGGUGCCCUCGUUCGCGGACCGCACGCGCUUCCUCCGGCGGCGCCUCGCCGCCGUCGAGCACCAGCUCGCGCGCAUGGAGGAGCUGAAGCGCGCGUGCGACAUGGAGGCGCACCGCGGCGCGCGGAAGAUGGCGCUCGGCGGGUUCGGGAUCCUGGUCGUCUAUUGGGGCGCGGUGGCGAGGCUGACGUUCUGGGACUACGGGUGGGACGUGAUGGAGCCUAUCACUUACUUGUCGGGGCUGUCGAUGGUCGUCUUGAGUUACCUCUGGUUCCUGUAUCAAGGACGCGAAGUGUCUUACUCUUCCGUCUUGCAUCAUUCGGUCUCGGCGCGACGCGAGGCGCUUUAUAAAGCACGGGGGCUUGAUAUUGACCGAUGGAUGGACCUCGUGGCCGAAGCGAAGGGGAUUCGCAGCGAAAUUAGCAAGAUCGCGGAGGAUUACGAUGAGAGCCGAUGGAAGGAGAGCGAGGAGGAGCGUAAAGUGAAGGAGCGCGGGGAGCUCGAAGAGCCGGAGGACGUCAGAGAGACCCAGGAGGAGAAUCUCGAGCUCGCUGGUGAGAAGGGUACGGACAAGUGA